CCUCAGUGCGGUAAAAGUAGUGGCUGUGAGCAGCACUGUGAUUGGAUUGUGAGCACAGUCGGUUCAGUAUUAGCAACUGUGGAGCAAUUACAGACUUGCAAGAAAUGCGGAUCGCACCAGGAACAGAUACGGAAGGAAGAACCCCCACCCACUGGAUACGAGGAAUAUAGGGGCCAGAGAGACAGGAGGAGUUGGAGAGAGAACUCCCCGAGAGGCUGAGGGAAGUCUGCAGGGGAGAGGCUGAGUGGGAAGGAGAGACUGGAGAGAGCAGGAGCCGGAGAGAGCAGGCAGCCUCUGACUGGAGGUUCAGCGGCGUGAGUCUGCAGCAGAGGGAGAGAGUAUCGGGGAGAGAGGGAGCAUGAAGACCCGGAGGAGCUGCUGCUGCUGCUGCCUUGUGCUGCUGGUUGUGGCGGCGGUGGUGACCAUUGUCACCCUGCUGUUGGUGUGGAGACCCCGGUGCUCCGGCCACAGCCUGUACCCACACGCUGCUGUGGCGGCGGACUCACAGACAUGCUCCGAUAUCGGCAGAAAAAUCCUGCUGCAGGGUGGAUCAGCUGUUGAUAGUGCGAUUGCUGCAUUGCUCUGUACCUCCCUCAUCAACCCCCAAAGUAUGGGCAUUGGUGGAGGAUCCAUUUUCACCAUUUACGAUGCUUCGAAAGGUGAUGUGACAGUAAUUAAUGCCAGAGAGAUAGCCCCACAGAAGGUGAGGCCAGACUUACUCAGUGGGUGUGGCCCUUAUCCAAAACCAGAUCCAGGUGGCCAAUGGGUUGCUGUUCCAGGCGAACUGAAAGGUUACUGGGAAGCUCACAAGAGAUUUGGAAAAUUAUCAUGGAAAGCCCUGUUUGAACCUUCAAUACAGCUUGCACAAAAAGGAUUCCAGACCCCAACAUUUCUAAAGAAGAUUUUAGAUAAUGAAUUCAUUCGCCAUAGACUAACCCAUCCAACACUGCGUUCACUGUUUUACAACCAUACUGAUCAUCCACGUGAGAUUGUGAAGAAUGAACAGCUUGCAAAAACACUGAAGAUUAUUGCGGAGCAGGGGCCUGAUGCUCUCUACAAUGGCGUAAUUGGACGUGAUCUCAUUUUGGAUCUACAGCAAGAAGUUGCUAACAAUUUAGAUGGCAUUUUAACGCUUAAAGAUUUGAAAGAAUACAAAGCUUCCAUUAUGGUACCGCUGAAUAUUUCGGUGGGUGACUACGUGAUGUACUUCCCACCUCUGCCAUCCAAGGGAAUCAUUCUCAGCCUCAUCCUCAACAUUCUGAAAGGUUUUAAAUUUUCUGUUGAGUCUAUGAAGGAAAAUCAAAGGGUCCAGACAUACCAUCGUAUCAUAGAAGCCUUAAAGUUUGGAAAUGGACUGCUAAGUAAACCAAUGGAUUCUAACUUCAACUCAAAUAUAUCUCUGCUGCUCUCACAUGGGUUUGCUGAGUCUAUACGACGGUGUAUUGAUGACCAAGCACAUUCUCCGGAUUACUACAACACUGACCAUCAGGCACCCGACACAUACGGCACCAGUCACAUUUCAGUGCUGGACAGACAUGGCAAUGCGGUUUCUGUCACUAGCUCAAUCAAUCAUUUAUUUGGUAGCAUGAUCCUCUCCAAUCGUACAGGAAUUAUCCUGAAUAAUCAGUUGGCGGACUUUUGUGGCAGUUCACUUGUAAAUAUUGCAGGAACGCAGCCACCUUCUUCCAUGGCUCCGACCAUAUUAGUAUCACAAAACAAGAAAUCUAUCAUGACGGUGGGAAGUUCUGGUGGGAGUAUGAUUAUCAGUGCAAUCGCACAGAUCAUUAUGAACAAGUUAUGGUUUGGACUCAGCAUGACAAAAGCAAUUGAGAAAGAAAGAUUAUAUGUGAAUUCAUACAAUGUCUUACAGUUUGAAAAUCAAUUUGAUAAGACUGUCAUUGAAGCAUUGAAGGAGAAAAAACAUGAUGUCAAUGACUCUGCGAUUAAGCUGCCAUCUGUUAUUCAAGGAAUAUUUAAAGAUCAAGUCUGCAUCGAAGCAGUGUCAGAUGACAGGAAGUUUGGAAAAUCUGCUGGCUACUAGCACUUCAGAUCUGGAGGUCACCUCAGAUAAAGCUGAAGACUUCCGCUGACAACAAAGAUGUAGUAUUUGACUUUCUAUCCUAGCAUCUGUGCCAGACAGUGUGGGAAAGCGAGACUGCAUCUACCAUUUGGUCAGUAAGAUAAAAUGUCAACUUGCUCAGAAAUGUGCAACAUUGAUCAUCUGGUAACCAGACCGCCUAGUGAAUCCUGAGCUUUUUGGACAAUGAGUUUGAAAUGAACCAAGCUGAAUUUUUAAUUGGUAAAUUAGAAGGAAGUUGUUGAAAAAGAUGGGACCAGGGUUGUUCUACAUCAUAAAUCAGAGUGUGAUGUAAGUUAGUCAGGGAUUGACACUCAGUGAUGUAAGAGAUAGUUACUUUGUGUAUUACAUAUUUAGCUCUAAAGUAGUGCAUAUUAAUAGGACCUGCUUCCUUUAACAAUCCUAGUUACAUAUUAAAACCACAGUUGGAAUGAUGCAUAUUUUAUUGGGAGGGAAGAGAGUUGUCAAUCUUAAGACAACCAAAUCCAUCUCGUAGCAUUUUUCUGUUAAGUACAUGCACUCAGUGUAAGGUAAUUAUGGGCACAACUGUAGGAUGAUACUGUGAAGCUCUGGAUUAAACCCCUUGGGCUAGAUUGAACCAGGUUUCUGGAUGCCAGGACUGCAUUACGUUGUAGAUUGUUAGAGAGGUCAAAGCUGAGUUUACUAUGUAACUGCAAAAAUGUUAUCUCUCUAAAAUCAGCAAUUAUUGGUGGGAUUGGAAUCCAACUGAAGUGGUAAAUUUGGAUUUAACCAGUACGAUCUGUGAGAAUCUAAUGUCAACUAGUCUACUGUGAUGCUUUGAUUGAGAAGUUUGUGUAUGACUAAUCUGCAUGUUACAAAGGCUUUCUUGUGGGUUGGAUUUGAAUGAUCCAGCACUGGUUGUUUGGAAUUGGCAGAGAUGGGUUGGCCCAGUAUAAUGUGGUGAGGGCUGCUCACUGUCUGCACCCAACCUAUCUCCCAAUGAAAGACCAGUUGAGUGCUCGGUCUUGCUCCUACCAAUAAAUUACCUGCCCGGCUCCACAGGAAUGGGCACCUCCACAGCUUUCAUUACUUACCUUUACUUAAGCAAGGAGACAAAUGGAGCAGAGCCCACUUUUGAAGCCUGUUAUGUACCUCAGAGGUAACUCUUACAGGCGAUAUCCAUCCUCUUUAAAGCUCCCCACCCUCCCCUCCCUAGGGCUGCCGAUACACUGGAGUCGUGGCACUCCCCAGCCUUCAUCUGCUCCUCAGCUUCAGGCUGUGACCACUGCUGGGACAACAGAGCUGUCAAUCAUUGAGGAUGAUGGGUGGCUCUGCAAGACAGGAAUCCAUCCCGGGAUAGGAACAAAAAUCUCCAUCUGAGCCCAUUAAUACCCAACCAAACACAAAAUACCUGCCGGGCUUUACCGGCUUUUUGGUGGGUAUGGCAGUGGGGGAACAGAAUUCCUGACUGUCAGGGGCCUGAGGAAUAUAAAACCUUUUCUUUCCCUGAUGUAGUCACUGUGGAUGGGUCAAUGCAAACACUGACUUUCAAAUGUUGAAAUCCACGUUGUUCAGAUUCAAACGCAAGCUGUAAUUUUCUUUUCACAUGGUAAUGAGUUUUAAACUGGAAUGAAAUAUUCCAUUUGACAAAUGCAUUGGACAGUCUAUGAUCAAAAACAGGAUGGAGAAUAAACUCUUUUGACAUUGUCAGACCAGACCUGUCCCAAGACUAACCCUGCUUUUACUGAAUAAGUGAAAUAUGGUUCAUUUCCCACACCAGCUACCUUCGUCAGGGACACUGCCAGUUAGACAGGUGGUUUAUGUGCAGAGAGCUCAUACGCACUUGAAGUUAGUUGGAAACUAACCAAACUAAAUGAUGUAGCACUUCAACAGGGAGAAAGUGAGGACUGCAGACGCUGGAGAUCAGAGUCAAAAGGUGUGGUGGGAGAAAAGUGCAGCCAGUCAGGCAGCAUCCGAGGAGCAGGAGAGUCAACGUUUCGAGCAUAAGCUCCUCAUUGAAACAUCAACUCUCCUGCUCCUUGGAUGCUGCUUGACCAGCUGUGCUUUUCCAGCAACACACUUUUUGACUCAUAGCACUUUAACAGCGGACAGAGGCUUUCACUCCAUUGAAUGGGCUUCAGAUUAGUUCCACAGGGCAGCGCAACAUCGAGGGCUGAAGGACUUGCGCUGUAAUGUUCUAUGUUCUAUGAAAUGAGCCCUCAGCUUUGAUCAGAUUACUUACUAAGUGUACUUUCUCUGCUGGGAAGCUGGGCCUUGAUGUGUGGAUGGGGCAAAUGUCGGGUUUCGACAAUGGAGAAUGCUCUGUGGAAGUAAUCCUUCACUCAGGGUUCAGACCAUCAGUCACCUCUUUGAGAUUUGUGUGGAUUUGACACCCUCUAGUGGUCAUACUAUAAAAUACCUCAAACAUAGAAUGAUCUACAUUAUGGAUAUAUCAAGAAGUCAUAGAAUCCCUACAAUGUGGAAGUAGGCCAUUCUGUCUAUCGAGUCUAUACCAGCUCUCCGAAGAGCCACCCAGAACCAUCUCCCUACGUUAUCCCUGGAGCUCUGCAUUUCCCAGGGCAAAUUCACCGAGCCUGCACAUGGGCAAUGUACCAAGGCCAAUCCUCUUGACCUACACAUCCUUGGACUUUGGAAGGAAACCCACACAAACAUGGGGAGUAUGUGCUGUCAAUUUAUUUUUUUUACCAAGCUGUUACUACUCCUGGUUACUUAACUGGUACUUAUAGAAGCUUGCAUCCAAUGUGACCAUUUCAGCCCAUUUUCCUUCUUUUGUUCUUUAAAGAAAUCACGGUCAGAACCUUUUUUGCCUCAUAAUUCCUCCAUUUAACUCGAGUACCUUUUCAACGCCCUUUUCCAGUUGGGCAUUUCAGAUCUAGACAAUUGAGUAAAAAGCCGAUCUCUCUUCUAAAUGGUCUGCAGUGAUUUAAACCUCUUCCCAUGCCCAUGAUGCUGUUCAGCAUUAAUUCUGUAAUGUUACACCAGUUACUCCUUCCUCAACAAGAUCCAGCAAGAACUUUACUGGAAUGGCAAGAUGCAGCUAAUUAUUUCACAUUUUCUACUUGGUUGUGGUUUAGGAGGACAUUAGCUGCAUACUUUAUGGGGAAUUACAGAAUCGUUGACAGCAAUUUCUCCAUUCUACGUCUAACUGCAAAUGUCAGACCUGAGAUGUUGCUGUCACUUUCAGAGGUGUCAAAUGUUGACUGUUUUGUUGUCAUUAUGAUUGCAAAAUUGGGGCCAAUGUGACCAGCCCACAGUAUAAACUAUAAUGGUUCCAGUAUUAUCACCAUAUUCAAGCAUGAAAAUAUUCUAUUUGUACUGCAGAAUGCUUAUAUUUUAUCAUCUUCUUUCUGAAGGAGCUGCUAAUACAAGACUAAAACAUUGCAGAUGCUGAAAAUCUGAAAUAAAAACACAAAAUGCUGGAAAUAUCAACAGGUCCAGCAGCAUUUGUGGGGACAGAAACAGAGUUAAUGGUUCAGACCAACAGAGUCUGCCGAAUAUUUUCACCAAAGAGUUGCUGGCUCCUGACGCGAUUAUCCUUUCAGUAUAAACAAACUACUGGGUGAGAUUUUCUAAAAUCCAAUGCUUCCCUUCUCAAAUAAGCCAAUUCAUCUCAAACAUUUCCACUGCUUUGCUUUAAAGGGAAAAACAAUCAAAGCAGGAUCACGGGGUGUUUUGUUUUACACAAUAGGAAUCUUGCACCUGAUUUGAACGUUAACGAUGCUCUGUUAAAUAAUUUUCUAAUGAUGAUGGCAAACAUCUUGUGGUAAUAGCAUCCAGCCUCCCACAGGGUCAUUUGAUUGUAUGAUACGACACACAAAUCAAAUGGAUAUUACACACUGUCUCAUUAAAUGUCAAAAUAUAUUGUUAAGUGCAAUGAUAUGCUCACUAGAAGCAGAAACCGAAGAUUCUGAACUAUUUUGUGACAAGGGUUCAAUGUGUGUUUAAAAAAAAGAUUUUUUGUUACAGUUGAAGUGUUUGUUAUUAAUUUUCUCUCGCACACAUUUCAUUGCUGAGACUGUAUAGACAUUUACUAUUCCAGUGACUUAUUAAGUCUGAAUUGUUUGUGACUGUGACUAUCUAACCAGCCAAUCCUGCUGUAAGUAUCAGUGCUGCUUGUGUUAUUGUUUAAGACUGACCAGAGUGUUAAUAGUUUUUUGUUGUAUAUAAUUCCAGUUGGGAUUAUGAACAUUUGUAUCUUAUUUACAUUCAAUAAAGAAUUUUAUCUAUAAA